CUCCUCGAUAAGACCAGACUAAUCACGCCUCUAUCGAUUUCUUAUAAGAAAGGAAAACGAACGAGCGUGUUAUCGAGUGCAACAUUUGCGAUUUGCCCUGCUGCGCGCGUGCACUUUUUAAUAAUCUCCCGUAUAAAUCAGAUAUCCGUGUGCAUUUCGAACGCGCUUCGCCAACACACACACAAAAAUUAAGUAAAAAGUAUAACAGGAAUUGCAAAUAGCGAAAAACAAAAGCUUAAACCGUCGAGUGUGAAAAUUUCAAGCUAAAAGCAAAGCGAAGCUAAGAGCGCGUGCAAUAGCAAGCAGCGAGAGAGGCUAAUCACGCGGACGAUCUAGGACGAACCAGGAGGACAAGCACAAGGAGCAGUAGUAGCAGCACCAGGUGGUGAAGCAGGAGCUGGCGCGUCUGGGGCAGUGAUAAGUGAUCAACUCUCUCAGGUGGGAAGGUCAGCAGCAACCAGCAACCAGCAGCUAGCAGCAGUCAGCAGUCGAGGACGCAGGCGGGGCAGUCGGAGGAUCGGGCAACCAUGUCUUCGCCGGCGGCUCAGAGCAACAGCAGCAGCAGCCAGUCGCAGUCCGCAGCCCAGCAGCAGCAGAAUCAAAAGGCCAAUGUCAACAACACACACGACAACAAGAAUGCCGCGGCGACGACGGGGACAGCGGCGGGAUCGGGUUCAGGUUCGGGAUCAGGAUCAGCCGGAGCGGCAGGCUCGGCGGGCACACAGCAGCAGGGUCAGGGCGGCACUGGUAACUCGAGCGGUCCAUCCAGUCCCACCAAGCGCAGCACAAUAUCGACAAAGGAGCGUGUGAUCGACAGCGUGGCAUUUCCGCCAAGCCGUAAACUCACCUGCGCGGAUGUGUUUGAUGCACGGACCGGCAAGCCGCAGCACGAUGUCCUCAAGCAGCACUUCAUCCUGGAGGGCAGGAUCGAGGAGAGCGCCGCCCUGCGCAUCAUCCAGGAGGGCGCCACGCUGCUGCGCACGGAAAAGACGAUGAUCGACAUUGAGGCGCCGGUGACGGUGUGCGGCGAUAUUCAUGGCCAGUUCUACGAUCUGAUGAAGCUAUUCGAGAUUGGGGGCUCGCCGGCGACCACCAAGUAUCUGUUCCUGGGCGACUACGUCGAUCGGGGCUACUUCAGCAUCGAGUGCGUCCUGUAUUUGUGGUCGCUAAAGAUCACCUAUCCGCAGACGCUGUUCCUGCUGCGCGGCAACCACGAGUGCCGGCACUUAACCGAGUACUUCACCUUCAAGCAGGAGUGCAAGAUCAAGUACUCGGAGCGCGUGUACGACGCCUGCAUGGACGCAUUCGACUGCCUGCCGCUGGCGGCGCUCAUGAACCAGCAGUUCCUCUGCGUGCACGGCGGCCUGUCGCCCGAGAUACACGAGCUGGAGGACAUCCGGCGGCUCGACCGCUUCAAGGAGCCGCCCGCCUUCGGCCCCAUGUGCGACCUGCUGUGGUCCGAUCCGCUGGAGGACUUCGGCAACGAGAAGAACUCGGACUUCUACACGCACAACUCCGUGCGCGGCUGCUCGUACUUCUACAGCUACGCCGCCUGCUGCGACUUCCUGCAGAACAACAACCUGCUGUCGAUCAUCCGGGCGCACGAGGCGCAGGACGCCGGCUACCGCAUGUACCGCAAGAGCCAGACCACCGGCUUCCCCUCGCUGAUCACCAUCUUCUCGGCGCCCAACUAUCUCGACGUGUACAACAACAAGGCGGCGGUGCUGAAGUACGAGAACAACGUGAUGAACAUCCGGCAGUUCAACUGCUCGCCGCACCCGUACUGGCUGCCCAACUUCAUGGACGUGUUCACCUGGUCGCUGCCCUUCGUGGGCGAGAAGGUCACCGAGAUGCUGGUGAACGUGCUGAACAUCUGCUCCGACGACGAGCUCAUGACCGAGGAGAGCGAGGAGCCGCUCUCCGACGACGAGGCGGCGCUGCGCAAGGAGGUGAUUCGCAACAAGAUCCGUGCCAUCGGCAAGAUGGCGCGCGUCUUCUCCGUGCUGCGCGAGGAGUCCGAGUCGGUGCUGCAGCUGAAGGGCCUGACGCCCACGGGCGCCCUGCCCCUCGGCGCCCUCUCCGGCGGCAAGCAGUCGCUCAAGAACGCCAUGCAGGGCUUCUCGCCCAACCACAAGAUUACCUCGUUCGCGGAGGCCAAGGGCCUGGAUGCCGUCAACGAACGGAUGCCGCCGCGUCGGGAUGCAACGCCCUCGCCGGCGGAGGAGGGCCAGAAAUCACUGUCAGCCGCGGCAGCAGCAGCGGCCAAUGCAAAUGCGAAUUCAAUCAAUGGAUAAUUCUAAGUCAGUUAGCACCAGCCACAGCUGCAGCUACAUAACAGUCAAGUUAGUCAGUCGGAUCGAUGGUUCCUCUAGGGAUCCGUUUGAUCCGGUGGAUCGGAGGAUCGGAGGAGGAUCAUGGAUGGUAUCGCAGGAGGAGGAGCAGCAAAGUCAGUUGGUAGUCGACAGUUAAGCAGCGAACGGUGGGAGGGAGUCAGCAAAUACAGUUCGGAACAUAGGAAUAGUCUCAAGUUCGGCUCAAAGAAGAUAAACACUGGGCAUACAGACAUAGAACACAACAAAUUGCAAGAUCCUUUAUAGUAAAGAAGGCGAAAUUGAUUAAGGAUAGUAGGGAGCAAGAGCAGAGACACCACCACCAUCACCACCACCACAACAACAACAACAAAUAACAACAACAGCAGCAACAUCAGCCACUACAACAACAACAACAACAACAACAAGAGGAGCAGCAGCAACACAGCAAGCGUUAACGAGUACUUAUUGGUAUUAAAUGCAAAAAUGCAGAACAACAACACCCCCUAAAAUGGAAGCUAAUUAUAAAGUUGAAUGAUUAUAGAAUUACAUAUAUAUAUAGCAGAAUAUAUAUAUAUAUAUAUCAAAAUUUUUGUGCAACGUUAUAUCAAAAGAGCAAAUGUAAAAGCUAAGCAGAAAAGUAUUACAGUGCGCAUGCGCGCCUGUCUUUUGGCAAGCAGUUGACAAGAAAGCAGUAGAUAUGAAGCAGUUGCCAGUUGCGCGCAUUUCCCCAUUCAAGAAGAACAUGAAGAAGAAGAAUAUGUAGAAGAAGAAGAAAGAAAGAUUUAAAGAGGCAAACCAAAAACACUUAAUAAAAGCAAAUUAGGUAAUUUAAAUUAUUUGCUAACAAAUUGUAAGACGAAUCGAAAACCAAUCCUUCAAUUCUGUAAAGUCAAACCAAACGAAGUGACAAAACCAAACUAGAACUAAAGCUAGCAUCUAAACUGAAGCUGAAGCGAAAGCUGAGGCGAAUUCUACUAUUUUCGUUGUGUGGCGUCUGCGGCGACUUCUUCUCAACAACAAAUAUGAAAAACAAAUUCAAA